AAUACUGAACUUAAUUUUUAUCAAAUAAGUGACAAUUGAUCAGUAACAACGUAUGAGAAGCAAGAGAACAAUUCUAAUUGAAUGCAGAAGUGAUUGAGUGAAUAUCGAUUGAUUGGACAAUUGGAUAAUUGCAUAAUGAGCAAUUCAAGAGAGCCCUUGGUUACCGAGCCGGAGGAUGAAAUCAUGGAGGGCAGGAGUGAAUGGAGCUCAACCAGUAUCGACGAGGAAUCAGUGGCGUCAGUCAUUGAAGUGAUUGAUGAGCGACUGAAAGAGUUUGGAAAGUCUUCUUCAACAACGGUCAGCCGUCAAUCAUCGCUAGGUUCCCUGUCAGAGGAGAGAAUAACAGUGAGAGCGUCAACGUCUUCAUCCACAGAUCAUCGCAAAACCUAUCAGGAAAGCAGAACCAGUGAUCGAGCUAAAUCGUUGACACAGAGUAUGACUGAUGACAGACAGUUUAAACAGUUGGAGUGUGUCAAGGAGGAGAAACAGAAUCAAGAAGUUGGGGUUGUAGUAUCUACAAAGUCCCAGGUUGUACAUCAAGAGGAAACAACAUCCACAGUAUCCACAUCUUCUGCUUCGUUUCUGAUGAAGAAACCCCCACCAGAUGAAGGAAAUCAUCAUCCAAUUUUCGGGGCAUCAAGGCAGAACAGGAUCAUGUCCCUACCUCAAAGGAUUGGUCCUAGAAGGAUAAUUUCCGAGGAAAAUAGAUCACUAUCUGUACAGGAAUCCUCUACAACUUCCCAGCUCUCACGCAGCCAGGAAUCUUCAGAUAGUAGUAAGAACAACACGUAUAGCACGACGUCUAUUGAAGGGUCGUUGACCUCUAGUUCCUCCUCAUCUUCAGCGAAUAUCUAUUCGAGGAGUACGGAUCUGUUGGGGGUGCGACGUGAGGGGCCACUCUCUAGGAGUCAUGAGAUAAUUGGGGAGAGGUCUUCAAGUUUGAAUGUGAGUCAUGAGAUCCUGGGGGAACGGUCGUUGUCCUUCCAGGAGAGCAUGGUUGAUCAGGGGAAUAAUUUACUGGAGGUUCAAGGUUGUGGCGGUGGGGAGGGGUUGAGUAGAUCUCAUGAUAAUGUGAGGUCAAACGCCGGGCAACAACUGAGGUUAGGAUGGAUCGCGUCUUCGCAAACCGGCAACAAUGCCAGUUCAUCAACAAAACAGGAACCGGCGAAAUCUCUGGAGAGUUUCGAGCGUGAACUGAGGUUGCUGGGACCCCGCUACCGGCCGGCUACCAAGGCACCAACACACCUGGCGUUGUUUCCGCAAGGUUUGCCGGGGAUCGGCGGGGAUCGAAGGUUGACGAUUCUGUCGCCACACAGCCCGACUAAGCCGUUCCCUGGGCUGCCGGUGACUCCGUCUGCGGCCACCCUGGAUCGCUGGCACUUCUCCACGCAGACGCUGCGCACAAGGCGGAAGGUAGCCACUGUGUUGCCCCGGAUCAUUCUGCCCGAACCGGAGGAUGGGCUUGGCAGUUUCGAUGUGGAGAACGGAGCAAGCCCGGGCCGGUCGCCCCUGGAUGGAGGCGGGGGGGCGUCCCCCUCGGCGGGGCUCGUCCUCCAGAACCUGCCACAGCGCAGGGAGUCCUUCCUCUACCGCUCCGAUUCAGACUUCGAGAUGUCCCCCAAGUCCAUGUCCCGCAAUUCGUCGAUCGCCAGCGAAAGGCUAAAGGAGGCAGAAGCACCAAUAAUAGAGAGGCCCUUAUUGGAAAGACAAACAAGUCAUGGAGAGGACCUCAUUGUUACUCCGUUUGCUCAGAUCUUGGCCAGUCUUAGAAGCGUCAGAAACAAUUUUCUCAGUCUCACCAAUGUGCCAACGCCUAAAUCAAGAAGAUCUUCCGGUGCUGCGGGGAGCGGUACUCCGCAACCUAGGAACUUGACACCUGGAGACGAAGCUUACAUGAAACUGUCAAUUGAAACAAUGGAGGAGCUAGACUGGUGCUUGGAUCAACUGGAAACCAUCCAGACACAUCGGUCCGUCUCUGACAUGGCGUCGCUCAAGUUCAAACGUAUGCUGAACAAGGAGCUGAGCCACUUUUCUGAGUCUAGCAAAUCGGGCAACCAGAUUUCUGAAUACAUCUGUUCAACCUUCCUCGAUAAACAGCAAGAACUCGACCUGCCCAGUUUGCGAACGGAUGAAGGUCUUCCUGAAGGUCUGCCCGGCCGGACCGGCGCCGUCAAGAAGAAAGAGAGGGUGGGCAGGCCUACUCCCAUGUACAUAUCGGGGGUCAAGCGGCCUCUCACCCACACCAACAGCUUCACCGGAGAAAAACUGCCCAAGUACGGAGUCGAAACUCUACAUGAGGAUGAACUUGGCAAGUUGAUAACGGAAAUCGACCGGUGGGGCAUCGACAUAUUCAGGAUAGCAGAGCUAACCAGCAAUCGCCCUCUAACAUGUGUAGCGUAUAUAGCUUUCCAGAAUCGUGAACUGCUGAAAGCGUUUAUGAUUCCGGCGAAGACGUUCAUCUCGUUCAUGAUGACUCUGGAGGAUCAUUACGUCAAAGACAAUCCGUUCCACAACAGCACGCAUGCGGCUGACGUCACUCAGUCCACCAACGUCUUACUCAACUCUCCGGCCCUCGAAUCUGUGUUCACUCCAUUGGAAAUCACGGCAGCCUUGUUUGCAGCCACAGUCCACGAUGUAGAUCAUCCUGGCCUCACCAACCAGUACCUUAUCAACUCAAGUUCAGAAUUAGCGCUUAUGUACAAUGACGAGUCAGUAUUGGAGAAUCACCAUCUAGCAGUUGCUUUCAAAUUAUUACAAAAUGAAGGCUGCGAUAUAUUCCUAAAUAUGACUAAGAAACAGAGACAAACGCUUAGGAAGAUGGUCAUCGAUAUGGUAUUAUCGACAGACAUGUCAAAACACAUGAGUCUUUUAGCGGAUUUGAAGACUAUGGUAGAAACGAAAAAAGUAGCGGGAUCCGGAGUUUUAUUAUUAGACAACUACACUGAUAGGAUACAGGUGCUGGAAAACCUGGUGCAUUGUGCCGACCUGAGCAACCCGACAAAGCCACUGCCUCUCUACCGCCGCUGGGUCGCUCUGCUCAUGGAGGAGUUCUUCCAGCAGGGAGACAAGGAGAGAGAGGGCAAUCUGGAGAUAUCGCCCAUGUGCGACCGGCACACGGCUACCAUCGAAAAGUCACAGGUCGGGUUCAUAGACUACAUCGUGCACCCUCUGUGGGAGACGUGGGCGGAUCUGGUGCAUCCGGACGCGCAGGAUAUCCUCGACACCCUGGAGGAGAACAGGGAUUGGUACCAAGGUAUGAUCCCGCCGAGCCCACCGUCUAACGAGGCGUCGAAAGGCGGAAGUCAAGAUGGCGGCCACGGCGACGACACGUCGAACGCGGGAACUCUGAACGCGGAUGACGACGAGGAACCCGGCCGCUCUGAGGACAUACGCUUCCAGGUAACCGUCGAGGAGGGAGAAGGAGAGGAGGAUGAGGACGAUGAGGAAGAGGAGGAGGCGGAAGGAGAAGAGGGGGAAUCGGGAGCGGGAGGAAUGUGACGGAGACUUGUGGAAAUCUGCAGAAAACUACGCAAAAAGGUUUGGUUCUGGUGGGGAGGGGGACCAGUUCAUAAAUAACUGCCCACCACCCCUCUCUCACCCUCACCAAACUACCACAAGACUGCUAAAUCAACAAGAAGAAGCCGCAAAAACCCGGGAAGACGACAAUAUCAUAGAAGAAGAUCAUUCUAGAAUAUUCUAGUACUAAAUGAAUGAAUAUUCUAGAAAAACAACAAGAAAGGUAAGGAGAACCCUAUCGACGUUCACAAAAAAGUAAUCUAGAAUAAAACAAACAUUUAGACUAAUCGAUUAUGGGGGUAAUCUAAAUAAUACAAUAUUAUAUCAGAAAAUCGUAAAAAUGUCGAAAAAUAAUAUCCCCCCUACUGUCCCCCCGUAAGUAAAACCAAACCUUGUAUGAUAGAUAAUAAAUAAUAACAUGUGUAGUUAGACUGUAAAAAUUUGUUCUGUUCUCUCGCAAUAUACAUGUGUAUGUAUUUGAAAUGUUUUCUAUAACUGGGGUAUUAUAAUUGUAGUAGAGAUGCUGUAAUAUUGGUUCAAUUACGAGGUUGUUUCCAGUGAAGUCCCAUGGUUAAUGGAAUAUCAAUUCUGAUGUAAAACACAUUUUUAUUUCUGUAAAAAAUGUUACUCCUUGUAGAAAUUAAUAAUGUUGUGGAACUCUCAUUAAGAAAAUAAAAUCUACUAAUAAUGUUUCUUUAUUUUCUAGAAAAAAAUAUAUUAAAUUAAAACUUAAAUUUAUUUUGAACAAUGAAAUAAACUCAAGUUUCUCAAUUUUGUAAAACUUGCAUUAAUUUCUCCACUAUUAAUCGACAUUUAUUUAUUCAUGUAUUCGUAGAUACAAUCACAAAUCAUAUAAAUAUGAUUUAGGAAGUAACAUAUAAAUAUGAUUAGGAAGGAACAACAGGCUUGCCAACUACAAUCGGAGUGUAAAGUCAGUAAAUGUAUCGUAAUGUGAUUUUAACAAUUAUAGUUUCAAAAUGGUGAAUAUCAGAAACUAGAAGCAAGACAGGAUUAUAAAUGAGAUGUUUCAUUUAAUGUGGAGAAGUAAUUAAUGUAGUGAUAUUUUUGGACCUGGCUGGAACAGGUCUGAUACAUUGUGAAGUAAAAUCACUUCAUUUGGACGGGCUACUUUAUUAAAUUAAUAAAAACAAUAUAAAACAUAAAGUACCCUUUUAUUAAAAACAUUUCAAACCUGUUUUAAAGUUUGAAAUGUUUAAAUAAAAGGUUAAUUCAUGUUUUUAUUAAUUGUAAAGUAGAUAUUGUAAAGUAUUGAGAUUGCUUCAUAUUUUUUUUCCAUUUGGUAUGUCUGAUGAUAUUGAUUAUUUCUUUCGUUAAAAAGGGGUUCCACAGUAUCAAUAAUAUCAUAGAAUCAUGGAUCCCAAUACCUACAUUGGGACAUGAUAUUAUAACCAUGAUAAUAAUGUUCAAUACAUUCAAGUGCACCAUCUGGAACCCUAGGAUUUUUUUAGAGAAUGCCGUACUUGGAAAGUAACGGAUAGUAACCGUUAUUUUUAUAAUGUAAAAAGUUACAAAUUAUAACUGUUCGUCUUCGGAUGACUACCGGUAUAUUGUGCACUCAAAGAUUUUCCAGUUUCAAUGUUAUACCGAAAUGUUAAUUGUGAAUUACCACAAUACUAUUUUUAAUGAAUAGCUUGAUACCCUUUGGUUCUCUUUUAGCCCUAAAAAUUCAUCAUAAAUAUUCUACAAUUAUGUGCCGGUUGCACAAAAGCCGGUUAAAUUGUAAUCGUGAUUAAUUCCACGAGAAUCAAUCAGAGAAGUCGUCUUAUCAAAAAGGUCUUCUCUGAUUGGUUCUCGUGGAAUUAAUCACGGUUAAAAUUCAACCGGCCUUUGUGCAACCGGGCCUAUGAAUCCCAUUACACUAAUUACCGGUAGUACAUCACAAAUUUGUGGUAAAAAUAGUCAAGGAUUUUUGGAAAACCGAAUCCUUAUAAAAUACCGUAACUCUUGAGUUUUAAUGAAGACGUUUUUGUUAGCUUAGGGAGCUUCACUGGAAAUAUUCUUUUUUCGACUUUGUUUCAAAUUUUGAAAGUUUCUGUUUUGUUCAUAGUUAUAUUUAAAACCCGGUGCAGCAUGAAUGUGUCUAAUUCUAUUUUAAACGCUUUAAAUUGUACUAGAUAUUAUGGUAGUUAUGUUUUUCUAGAUUCUAAAUUUUCAAUGUCGAUAUAACUCUGCUUGAUGUGGGUUCAAUUACUCUAGUGAUGUCAAUUGAGAGAAAAAAUGUUUUUGAGAGAUAACAUUGGGUUUUAACUUUAUUUUGACAUAACUUUUUUGGAAAUGAUGUUUCCAAAUAGUUGAUGUUUUUUCAUUCUUGUAAAUCUUCAUCAUAUCCAAAUUUGACGAGAUUUCUUUAGAGUCAAUUUUAGAAGACAAGUUAACAUACUUAGCGCAAAGUCUGAAGUGAAAUAAUUAAAGAUAGAAUUUAUUAGCCAGCAAAAAUGGUUUUAAUAUGUGGUUGAUCAAAAUUCGCUUUGUAUAAAAUAUUACCCUUUCUACUAUGGAAUUAAAAGCGAUUGCAUAUAAACUGGGAAAAAAUUCAAAAAGGUAAUUUUUGCCAGAAUGUGUUGUGGGGAAAUGAGAAUGAAGAUUAAUUCAAGAGAUGAAUACUUUUUAUUGGAAGAGAGUAGCAUGUCUCCUAUCAAGUACAAAAUAAUAAAUCUUAUUAUUAUAUUUUUGGAGAACUCAAUUCAAAUCACAAUUGGCUGAGCAAAUAAAUAUCCAUUAUUAAUGAAUCUCUAGUUUUGACUCCAAAAAAAGAGUUACCAAUUUUAUAAUAAUCAUGAAAUACUUGAGAUUUUCCAAUUAUGCUACCUACUUAAAAUCCAUUUUUUAAAGGAAGAUGUCCCAAAAAAUUUCAACCAUACAGAAGUUAAAUUUCUUCCUCCAAUGUAGUAAACUUCAAUUAGAGUCUGUGAUAAAUAUAUAAUAUAUUAAACAAAAUUUAAAUUUCCUUUUCGAUCCCUCCACACCACUCAUCCAUCUAUUAAAGUUGUAAUGUUAUAAAUAAUGUGUGAUGUGAAUUUUAAAAAUAAUAGUCGGUUAUCAUAUUAUAUCAUUAUAUUUAUGAUCGUCCAAAUUAAUUCGUAAAAUAUAUGUGUGUCUUUAAACUUGAUAUUCUCAUAUAAGGAUACUAACUUAUAUAUACUCUCUUUUUUUAAUAUUUUAAGCUUGGUAAAUAAUAAUCAUUUCCCAAGUUUUGUAAAUUGGAAGAACACCAUCAUAAUAUUAAUAAUAGCUUAAAUAAUUUAAUUUGUACAAUGAUUAUGAAUUAUCAGAAAGUUAAGAAUCAUAAAGCUUGUGCCAUAUCUCAGUGAUCUUUUUGGAUUCUUGUCAAUCUACUCCUUAAAAUAAUUUAUGCUUGAGGGCUUUCACCUCACAUAAAUUAAUUUGAACUUCUUUUGCGAGUAUAAUAUAAUAUAGCAACAUUAUAAUAUUAUUGUAUAAUGUAGCAACAGUUCAGCAGCUACAAGUUGGUAGCUUUUAACAUGCUUCCCGUAUAACAACUAAUGACCUAUUGGCUAUCUUAUGUUGUCUGAAGUUUAGGAACUUCAGUUCAGGCUUGAGAUGGAAAUAUUAUAAUAAUCAUUAUCAGAAUUCAAUGUAUUGUUUACUUGAUGUGGAAAAUAAAUUCUAAUAGAAAUUUUAAAAUUUACUUAUUAAAACACUCGACAGUUUUCCAAUUCUUGAUAAUACUGUGAGAAUUCAAUUUUUAUACGAAUAUUCAUUUUCACAUUAAAAUCCAUCCAUCUUUACUUUCUUAUUCCUUUCAAAUAAUCAUUCCUAAUUAAAUAUUCUUACUGGUACCCGCAUUAAUAAUCAAAUCAUGUGAGCCAAGUCAUGUUUAAAACUAUCAUAACAGCAUUUCGCUUUGCAUUUGAAGUUUCAUCAUCAAAUAUAGCCUGCUUACAAUUCGAUAUUAUUAAUUUAAAACUAGGUUAGGUGAUAUUUGUAUAAUCCAGCGGUUGGAUAGCGUAAACAGCAAUAAUGAAAAAUAUGUACUCAGCUCUUUGAAUAGCCCCACCUUUUUCUUAGUAUAUUAAAGGAAUGAGCCCCCUUUUCGUCAACCAUAUCCAAGUUUCUUGUGCAAAAUAUCUAAAACCCAUACUAACACUGUGUAUCUCAACUAUUUUCUAUUGUUUAAAACAUUUAACAGAUAAUUACCGUACUCUCUUAUAUCAAUGUAUAGCUUAAAUAUUAUUCCUCUCGAUUAACGACCAGUCUUGCAAACUUAAUCAGGGUUUGAUCUCCAAAAACAGUAAUUGAUCCGAGAUUAUUCUUGAUUGACGAUUGUGCAAACGGUUGUAUAUAUUAUGACUUCUGUAUGGUUGUCUGUUGAAAGUAUGUUCACCUUCAUCAACAAUUAGUACGGUAAGGUAAACUCUUUAAAAAAUAUCAUCUUAUUUCAUUUUUUGAAACUGACGAAAUCUUGAUGUGUUUCCCUCUAAAACAACACUGAUUACAGGUCCGUUUUUUUAUAAAUUCAUUUGAAUUAUUAUCGAAAUUGUGUACUUGGUUUUGGAACACUCUGUAUAUGAUUUGUUCCCGUAUUAAUAUAAUGAAUUAGGAAGUUUCAGGAAAUUUCCAGCGCUAAGUAUGUUGAUAAGGUAGUAGAGUUAAUUUCCAUAGCCCAUAAUUUUCUCACUAGUGAGCUUCUUAUAAAUAUAUAAAUAUUUACACUUGUAUAACUACUACAUAAUACAAUACUGUAUGUAUAGAACAUCAACCAAAGAGCUAUGUAUUUUUUCUCAAUAUGUACGCCCGAACUAUAUUUAGAAUGGUGAGUUGUAUCUUUUUAGUGUCAGACCUAAAGCGUGUGUCCCUACAAUAUGUGUAAUUACUAUACAGUCUGAAACUACUAUUUACUAUUGUAUACCUUAUUUGUGAGCGAAUUUCGAAAAGUCUGACCAUUAAGGUUUGGUUUUGUAAAAAAGUUUUGAACUUUUUUUGAGACACGUUGAUGAUUUGCUAUAACUGUGACUGAAGAAAGUAGUUGUAUAUCUUCUCCUUCCAAGUAAGUUAUUGUGAGUCUCUACUAUUACACCCUCUUUAAAGCAUCAUUUUACCAAAGAACCAGGGUUUCUCAAAUUGAUAUAAUAGUCUACCAUGGAAAUACAUUUGUUUUAACUACAGUUAUUGGCAUACAUAAUCCAAUAUUUUAAUGAGUUUUGAUGUUAACUCUUCUUGAAUAAUUUCACCGAGCAAGCUCAUAAAAAGCCUAUCAAAAACUAUAAUAAUUUUCCAUUCUGAUUAAUCCAACUAAUCAUCCAAUGUGGAUGAAAUAUUGAAAUCUGUGUUACUUUUUGCUGGGUUCACCUUCAAUAAACUAAACAUGUUACUCUAAGACUUCUCCAUUUAUUAUUUUUGAAAGAAUUUGAAAAAGUUUUUGAAAAAUUCAACUUCAAACCUCUCUAUUAUUGAAAUCAAUUCGAUGAUAUCAAUUUAAAUUACUCCAACGUACAUCAUAUUCGCAUAUAAUAUGAUGUUUCAUAUCUUGAGGUAAGUACCGGACUGUACUUUCAAAAUGUGCGAUAUUCAAUAUGUUUUUCAGUUGAAUCAUGUUGUGGAAUACUGUACCUACUUUGCUAAAUUCUGUUGAUUUUUUUUUUUGUUAAAAAUCAGUACAUACCCUCCAUUGAUGGUAAGACCCCUAUGGGUAGUUCUAUCUACAAAUUACGCCAUGUUGAAAGCUACAAAAGAUCUAGUUUACAAAUUUAUGUAAUUAUUAGAACAGAAUUGUUGUUGAUAAUAUUGAGAAUUAUGUCGUUCUCUUCAGAGAGUCUGUUUAGAAUUUAACAAUUAUCAAUCUGUCUAUCUUAACUUACUAUUCCAAAACAUGUCAACAAUUUAAUACAAUCUGGAUUAAGUUCAUUUGAAUUUAUUCCAAAUAAACCAAGUAUUACAGAAUAUUCAUUGAGAAUAUCAACUUCUUUUCUUGAGAUCUUGUGAAAAAUGUACAGUAUUUCAUUAAAACGUCAUUUUUAUUUCAUUUGAAUCCCUGAAACGUAUAUUUUUGGAAAAGUCAGUAAAAAGUAAAUUAAUGUGGCUUUUAUUGGUGAGGAUUCCCUUGCGAGAAGGUCCCACCUUAGAAAAGUCAAUGUUAUUACAAAAGUGAAAAUAAUAAUGAAUAGAGUUUGUUUACUGCUUUGUGUGGCUACAGGAUAGAAUUAACUUAUAAACUAGAUUUUUAUUUAUGUUUUAUACUUCUUGUAGUUGACAGUCUAUUAUUAUCCACUCGAUGUGUAGCGGUUUUGUAGAUAGUGAUAAAACAUGUUAGUAAGAAACAAAAGAAUGUUUCUGGAUAAAACCAUAGAUAUACUGUACCGUAAAAUAGAAGGCAAUUUAAUGUCCUGUGUCUAAAGUGUUGUAAAGUCUUUCUGUUUUCGAAAGUCUAUGUAAUGUGUUUUUGAUGUUGUGUUGUGAGGGUGGGAGAGAAAGAAAUGUUCAGAUUGUUUUAUGUUUGCAUGUUGGAUGGAAGAGGUACUAGGAAUUUAUAUUGGUUUAAGCUAAGAUAGUAUUGCAAAUUUAUUUGUGCCAUCAGUUUGAAUAGAAAAUAAUGAAGAGUUAUGUGUGGGAUAUGUAAGGAAACUGAAAAAAACUGACGCAUGUUUGUGUCAUUAGAAGGAUUUGAAAAAAACUGUCACAAAUAAUAUAAAAAUCAUAUAUUAUCAUAAUUAUUUUAAAGUAUGACAUUAUGGGCCAAUAAGGGAAGUUGUGUGAAAUAUCCAAGUGUUCGUAAAUAGAAAACUAAGAGAGGAUUAACAAGUCUAUAAUAAAAAAAAAUUCAAAACCAUAAGCCGGUACUCUCAUAAUAAUAAUAUUGUGUGAUUCUUCAAUAGAAAAAUGCUCUGAUAAUGUUAUUAUUCAACACUAUUUUAUGGUAAAUGAUGCAAGAAUGUUAAAUUCGAGGAUGGAUGUUAAUGGAAAAAUCAAGGAAAGGACAUACUUGAGAAUAAAUUUCAAUAAAAAAUAUUUCGUACAGAAAAUAUUAAAGUCAAUUUGAAGCUUGAAAUUCAUAAAACUAUCGCUAGAAAUCUUUUUUUUCUCUAGCAUCGUAAAGAAAUUGGCAGAUCCAAUGAAAAACAAGUCAUACAGACUCUUCUUCGCACUCAAGUAAUGCUUGUGAUUGAAUGUACAUGUUGGGAUUAACAAUUUUUUCAAAAUCUAAACCCGUUCACACUUCAACGCUGAAAUUUGUAGUCUCUUUGUAUCUCCCAAUCGUAGCCUACUACCGUGUCAACUGUUCACUAAUUAAACUGAAAUCUAUCACAAUUAACUUCUAGUUGAGAUGAGUUUUAAUCUACGAUCACUGGUUGGAGGAAUUCUCAUAACGUAAAAAUAAUAAUACAGUGAUAAUUAUUGAUGUCACUUGGUUUUUUCAAAUUAUGAUGAGAAAUAUUACAGUGUUUAUGUAAUAUUGCAGUUAAUCGAAGAUCAAACUCCAAUAUAUCUCCAAUUUGGAGAUCAACUCCAAAACCCUAAUUAGCGUUUAAGUUAGCAUCUAUUAAAAGCUCCUGACCAUUCAAUCAGUACCUAUUGUGCAUAUUUUUGUUUAUAUUUUGUUGGAAUUCAGAAUAACUUUCCCAUCUUUCUAACCUUUGCUAAUUGAAAUGUAAUAAGUAAUAAUUUAACUUGAAGCCCGCUUGACACAUAUAAUUAUUCUGGAGUAUUCAAAUUUGAAAAUUAAUGUCCAACAGAGGAAUGAAAUUAAAAUAUCCUCAUUUUACUAUCUUCUAUCUUCCUAUUCAAUGUGUUGGCUAUCUUGCACUUUGUCCUUGAUGAAAUAAAUAUUUCCGUCGCCAUAAAAAAUCUCAAUGAACAGCAAACCACGAUUGUAAUACUUUAGUGAGAGUCCUACUGUAGAAAAACAAUAUCAACAAUCCUACUAACCCCGUGCUGUACAUCUAAGUACUGAGACUGACUGACAAAACCAUAGACAAUGAUGUUCUUGGUGAAUGAAUUGCGGUUUCACUUACCAACAAUUAUUGCAGAAACAAACUUCUCGAUCCUAUUUAAUCUUUAAACGUAGUGUUAAUGAAUGUUGAAGGUUUUGUUCAGUGUUAUUUAUUUUGAUAAAUGAGACUCCAGUUAGAUAUCUAUUAUUUCUUUCAUACCGAAAUACAGUUUUGUAAUUUGCAGGAAUAUGUGACCAUAAAUUACAUGAAAGUCUGUGAUAAUACAUUAUAGAAAUGAUAAAUAUGAGGCAAGCUAUAUACAGUACCUACUUUAUGAGGUAUAUAAGAGGAAAUUGUAUGACUUCGUUUAUUUAUUUAUCCAUUUAUUGACACAUUGAAUUAACUUACGGAUCUAAUUUCCUCGUAGUAUUGAAUUGUAUUAUGUUUCUUUGUAUACCAAACUAUUUCAAUUUAAAACUGGUUCUACAGCGUCUCUUCCUUUAUUUGAAAACAUGCCGUCUCCUUAUUCAAUACUCUAUCUUGAAAUAUAAUUCAAGUACCGUAGUAAAUUUAAGUUUUGUCAAUAAGCCACUGGCUUAAAGCUAGCCGCAAACCGCGUGCAAGUUGAGCCAAUAUCUAAACUAAAUAAUAUUGAAAUUCUGACCUCAUCUUGGACUUCGUCACCUAUAAAUUUGGAAGAAAAUAGCACGAGGACUACCUUAUUAUUUUAUCUGACAAUGUUAUUACAUUAGUAUUAUUUGCAUUGUAAAUAAAUAAAUAUUACGAUCUCAAUAGGUGUCAUGAGUUUUAAAAAAUCUUUCCUUUUUUGUGAAUGGAAUUAAAAUACCUUUUAUUAGGUGGAAGAUGAUGCCCAUAAUACAUAAGCUUUAUGCAGGCUUGCUCGUGGGUAAUGGGAAGGUGAGACGAGUGUAGGCCUAUAUGUAAAAGUACGAUCUAUCAUUACAGAUAUUCAUGUAAAUAUUGUCACAUAUCCGAUAGGCAUGCAGUGAUAGUUAUAAUUUUAAUUUAUUUAAAUGUAGAGAGUUUAAUGACUUUAAAGCGGCAUGCUGGACAUAUCGCAAUGUUACCAAAGGCUAAAAAAAUGCAGGACAUUUUUUUGUAUUUUUUAUAAUAAUAAUAGUGUAAUAAUAAUUAUUGUAUUUAUAUGAAUACCACCACCGCCUUACAAUUACAUCACUUAUUUCGGUAUGAAGUAAUAUAUAGAUUAAUGUUGAUUUAUUUCUAGUUACAUUCAGAGAUGAAAUAAAUUUGUAUUGAUAUCAACUGUUGUGUAGAAAUUCAAAAACAUAAAAGCGAAAAUAUUAAGGAGAAGGAAACAAGUAGAUGAGGAUUAAAGUAGGUACAGAAAUGAGUGGAUCCAAAAAAUAUAUAAUUAAAAGUAGCAGCGAAGUUCAUCAAGAUCUGUUGCUAUUCUAAAUUGAAUAUCAAAUUUAAGAGAAUUAGAAAAAACUACUUUUAAUUGUUAAGGAGAUUGAACAAAGAAGAAAAUCGUAGGUAUAACACGGAAUGACAAAGAAAAUAUGAAAACAACAAAAAUAUGAAAGAGAAUGAAAUAAUAUUGGAGACCAAUAAUAAAAAUUAUGUGACCUCAUAAAUACGGUAUGUUAUUUUUGUUGAAAAUUCGAUACAAUAAUAUUAUUAUUCGACACUGUUAUCAAAGAGAAUGUUCAUUAAUGGAUAUAUUUCCUAAUAAUAGAAGGAUACAAUGUUUUAUUUCAAUAUGAUUUUUAUAAGUGUCGGUGAUGAAAAGCCUCAACUUUAACUAAAAAAUACAAUAAUUAAAAUAAAAAACUCAACAAAACUGACUGGUAUGUCCCAUUUCGCAAUGUUUUGAUCACUGAACAAACCUGAAUGUGUAUUAUUAUAAUUGUUCUUUUCCCUUUCUAGUUCCCUUGACGUUUGAAUCUUUCAAUAUUAUUAAUCAAAAAUCAAACCUAAAGGUAACAGUUGUAGGUAAAGUUUUAAUGAUAAUGAAAAAGUUAUUAUAUUAUUAAUAUGAAUGAAGCAUACGCUGGACGUUGCAUGUUGAAAUUUAUAAUUAAUAAAAUAAGAUUUUAAUUUAGUAUUUUGUUUACGAUUGAUAUUUCUAUUGUAGUUAAUUUGCUUUGUUUUAACUAAAGUUAAAAGUAAGGUAUUCUGAUUGUAAUAUUACUAUAUAGCGAUUGUUAGUGUAAGGAUAAUAAUAUAUAUAUGUUAUUGUAACAUUUAUUGAUUCUCUUUGUUUGCAAUAUUCUAUUGAAGAUAAUAAUAAUAAUUAUAUUAUUAGCAGUUUGUUAUGAAUUGUUUGAUGCUAUUGUUGAGGAUAUUAACCUUCGUGAGAAUUUAUUUAAUAUUUUAUUGUUGUUAUUAUACUGUACCCCGAAACAGAGGAGCAUUGGAUGGUUUAUGUAUUUGGCAACAGUAUUCAAUGAUUAGGCUCAUUUUGUUAGUUCUAUAUUAUAUAAAUUAAUAAAAAGUCAAUACAUUAGGUAUAUCAUAGUGUUGUGUUAUUUUUUUAGUUGCUUAGUUAAGCUUAUCAAAGAAGGUAACAAGAUGAGUGGAACGAGUUCAAUGAGAAGAAAUUAAUAAAUAAUAUAAAAAAUAAAAUAAUUGCCAUUAACCAUCAGUGUGUUUUACUUUUGAGUGUAUAGAUUAAUAAUAAAGAAUUCAUGUUAUUUAUUGUUUGUGGAAAACAAACUUUUUUCCUACUAACUCUUUAUAAUGUGUAAACAAUAUGCCUUCUUGGAACACUUUUUCAGUGUGAAUAAAAAAUAAAUCUAUUUAUUAAUUAA